AUAUUUCGAAAAGUUAUGAAACUGCAGUGGCACGGUUCCAAUAUGAUGAAUUGUAAUAACAGAUCAAUAAACUCAAAAAAUUAUAAUAGCAAUCAUCCAAUUAACCUAAAAAAACCCUCUCGAUCCGUGUCUGGCAGAUCCUAAAGUCUAACACCACCAGACGCUCACGCACGUCGCGCCGGAGAUCCUCGCCGCCGCCGACGCCGCGCCCUCCACCCGCUUCCACGUGAUCCCGUUCCCGCGGCUGUCGGAGCGGGCCGCGGAGAUCCUCGCGCUGGCGCGCGCCAGGCAGCAGCCGGAGCCCCUCAUCAUCAGGCCGUCCUCGCAGUGGUACGCGUACUACGAGCCACCGGAUGGGUCGGCGGACCGGAAGCCGGCGCUGACGGAGCCGAUGCGGGAUGAGCUUGGGGUCUGGCACGUCUGCCUGUCGAUGCACUCGUCCAGGGAGGAGCUGGAGCAGGCGCUGGGGAUCCUCAAGCCCAAAUGGGUUGUCUCCACGACGCCUCCGUGCAUGGCAAUGGAUCUGAGCUAUGUCAAGAAGAACUGCUCCCUGUCCCGGUUUGGUCCUGAUGAUCCCAUCUGGAAGUUGCUCGGGAUACCUGAUGGGAUGGCUACUGGUACAGGCAAACAGCAGGCAGCGCUGAGGGUAGAAGCUGUCGGGAAGAGCGAGGAAGAGUUCAGUUCUUGUACUGAUGAGCGUGGCUCUGAUGACGACAAUCAGGUUGAGGCUGCAGAACCAACGUUGCUUGAUUCUGAGAUCAGAGUUCAGCUGCCUGUGACGCUAUUCGGAAGCGCAAGGUUUGGAUUAGUGCUGCAGGAAUCUGAAAUGUGGGAACAUGAGUAUCAGAGUAUUGAGAUGAUUGAUAAUGUUGAACUUGAAGUCAAGGACUAUGCUACUGAAACUGAAUUCUGCACCAAUAGCAAGCCUGAUGAUAGUGUUGCAGUCAUCGAUUUCACUGAAGUUGCAACAGAGGAGCAGAAUCCAGUCUCUGAAUCUGAGCUGUUGAAGGACAGAAAGCCGGAUGGUGGAGUUGAAGUAAUUGGUCUAACUGAAGAUGGAAGGAAAGAGCUGAGUUUGUGUGCAGAGCCUGAACAGUGUAUGGAUGACAAAGGGAAAGGGGAAGCUGAAUUGGUGGAAGUCCGAGAACAGAGUCUGAGUGGCCAUGCUGAUUUGCGGGAAGUUUGCAGGCAUAAUAAGGUGACUGAUGAAGGUAAAAACAGAAUCCAAGCGACUAAAGAGAUCUCAGCUGUGCAUGUCACAGUUUGAGCUACAAUCAACAAGGAGGCAAUAGAGAAUGACACAACUACAUCAGAAACCGGGAAGAGCAAUGAUCAAGACUCUGAAAGGGCAAGCGAUCCUUCAACCACAACCACUGUUGGAUCAUCAAAGGUCCUUAAUGCCGCGGCCCCUGCCGUCACUGGUUGAGCUCAUGUGGGCCUCCAAGCGACCCAGAGUUUCCCAAACUGUGCAGCUAUAGCCUAUAGUGUUGGAUAAUCCUAGCACGUCUCCACGUUUUUGUACAAAGUUUAAGUUAGCGUGUCAUUAGCCUAGCUGUCUAGAUCGUCCGAUGCAUGCUGGUUCAUGCAGGGACCGAGUCUUCAGAGUCCGGAACGGAC